UUGCGCACAUUCACAAAAUCAGAUUGGGCAGAUCAUUUGCUGCUGAACGUCGCCGAAGAAUAUCCAUGUCCAACUCGACAGCGCUCUAAAAUGUUCGUGUAUUUAGCCAACUGACAACUGUUAAACUCUCCUCUCGACAAGUCUAUCUUGCCUGGUUGACGUCGAAGUAGAUGUCCAGCCAUGGAGGAAAAUCUGGAGAUGGUUCGCCGGGAAUAUGGGUCUACGUUGUCCGACUUGAAAAUCAACAGCAAGCCGCACAUCAACACGCUCACAACGCUUGCAGAGGAAUACGUACCAUAUGCGUCGGAGGUCGUGCGACUCAUCGAAAAUCGACUGCAGAAGGCCCCUUAUGCCGAGAAGUUACCUGCAAUGUACCUGAUGGAUUCCAUAGUCAAGAAUGUGAAGAAAGGCCCUUACCAACAACUAUUUGCCAAGAAUCUUACCAACAACUUUUGUGGGGUGUUUUCGAAGGUAAACGAGAAGACCAGAGCAUCUCUCUUCAAGUUACGAUCAACAUGGAACCAGUACUUUGCAAGUGGGAUCCUCCACGCCCUUGAUGUCCGUGUUCAGAAGAUUGACCCCGCCUGGCCAAUCAUGGCCGCCUCUUCUUCUUCAUCUUCUUCUGCUCCAGCUGCCCCAGCUCUUUCUUCCAUCCACAUCAACCCAAAAUUCAUCAAAAAGCCUGCACCCAUGGAAUCUACGGCAGCCCCUACUCCUGUGCAGUCUACACCCACUGUGGUGACGAGUGAACUGUCUGAUAAGGAUCGUCAAGAGCAGGACAUGAGGCAGAGCUUGAUCUCCAAGCGGCAAGAGCUCUUUCAGAUCCAGCAGCAGCGUCUAAAGCUGGAGCUGGAGCAGACCAAGGCACGAUUGGAGUUGCAAGCUAGAGAGCUGGCAGCAAAAACCCAAGCUCUUGCAGAUCAAGAGAAGCAAAUCUCCCAAUUGGCUAACAAGAGCCAAGCUCCAAAUGAACCAAUUAGUGUUCUACCAACCACAUCUGUUCCCGGCCCAGCUACCAAGCCGGCAGGAGCUUCAUCAACUGCAGGCUUGGGCCUUUUGGGCGAGGCUCCAAUUCAGAACUUUCCCCCAGCUCCAGGGCCUGGGGGCCUCUUGGGCUUCGCACCAGGUACUCAUGCUCCUCCUGGAAUGCGUUCAACUCCCCCUCUGGCUUCUCAAGCUCCAGCUACUGCUGCAAACCUUUCUAAUGUGUCAGCAUCUGGUCCAGUUCAAUCACAAGCAUCACGGAACACCAUUAACCCACGUGAUCCGAGACUAGCUAGGGAUCCAAGACUUCGUCAGGCCUUUGAGCAACAACAGCAGAGGCAACAACAGGAGCAACUACUUCUUCUCCAGCAGAAGAAACAACGUCUACAUCAGCAAGAACAACUUGAGCAGCAGCAGCAGCAACAAGCAGUAGCCAACAUAGCUAACCAACCUUUGACUGGUUUACCAACUAGCUUAAGACUUGAUGCAUCAGCAGCUGCUCCCCAAUGGACUGGUGGUGUACCUCCCAGCACUGCCCCUGCCAUUGGAACCAAACCACCUGUAUCGGCCGCAGCAAGUACUGCUGUGUCUGCAGCACCUUCUGCAUCUACAAAGGAUUCAUCUACUUCUGGCCCUUCAGAUAAUCCCAAAAAGGUCUCCAAGGCCAGUAGUCCCGGCAAGAAAUCUUCUGGAAAAGGGAAGACUGGAACAAAGCCAGGGGUUAAACUUGACCAUUUAGAUCUCUCUGGGAGGAUUAAAUCAAAAGAGGAUAGUAAGACAGAAAGAAGUGGCAAGCAGAAUGAAGUGAAGAAAGGAAAGUCAGAGGGAGAUAGGGCUGCAGAAAGGGAUGCUUCUAAAAGAAGCCUGAGGCCGUCAUCUAGGAACUAUCGUAAAACGGCCAAGGAUGACAAGGAGGAAAAGAUGAGAUCAGAUUCCCGCACAUCUCGCCCGGCGUCUGCUUCAGGUUCACCUUCCCAAUCUGACUCGCACUCGAGGUCACGGUCCAGGUCUCGGUCUCCUCGCUCUGGGCCCAGCUCCCCCCGGCCCAGUGAAAGAAGGGAGCGAGAAAGGAGAGGUGGGAAGUCUUCAGACAGCAAGAGAAAAGAUAGCAAGGAGAAUAAGCCUGAAAUCAAGGAGAAAAGAAAAUCCCCAUCUCCAGACAGAGCAACAGAUGAAGAGAAAUCAGUAUCUAAGAAGUACAGCAAGCAGGAUCAACUACCACCAAAGAAGAGGGCCAGGCUGAUUGAAAAGGAGCAGCAAGAAGCUGAAAGAGAAAGGGAAAGAGAGAGAAAUAGUCGGGCAGUCAGAAGUCGAAGUGACCGUGAACGAGCAGCUGGCUGGACGCGGAGUGAGACCAGGGAUUAUUCUGCAAGUCAACGACCACCUAGGAGACCUAGUUUGUUGGAUCCCAACAUUAAAAUUCCAAAGGAGCUUUCAUUGAGCAAGCUGGCAAAGGUGUUGGAACAGGCUGAGAAGCAGCUCCACUCGGGAGCCUUGACCCACCAACAGCAUCAACAGCUACUUCGGGAGCUGAAUGAGAUCUAUAACAUUCAGCAACAGAAACGGGAAGAAGAAGAGCGGUAUAACAGACACCAACAACCACCACCACCAGAGUGGGGACCUCGUGAUCCACGAGAUCCUCGAGACCCUCGAAUGAUGCGAGACCCAAGAGCUCAGAGAGAUUCAAUGCCAUACAAUGGUCCACAUGGUCUCAGGGAUCCGAGGGACGCAUUCGAUCCCAGAGGUCCACCAGAUAUUCAUGCUGGUCCUCCUUAUGCAGAUGCCAGACCACCACAUCACCGCAGGGAAUUCAUUGAUAGAGAUCCAAGGGCUAUGCAGGAUCCAAAGGGUCCUGCCCAAGAAGAUCCUAGACAUCGAUCUUUACUCGAAGAUCCUAGGAUGAGGAAAUUUGCAUCAAAUCCUGAUGUAGAUGAAGGUGGCAGGAAGUUGCCAUUGUUGCAAGAUCCUGGAGCGAUGCCUGAUCCCAGACCAAGAAUCAUGAAACCACAAUCAGAGGAUGACCUUAUUCAGGGCAAUAUUAAUCCUGGAAUGGAUGUAGAUGAGAGAAAACGUACCUUCAGACAGUAUAGAGGUCCUCUUGAUGAGAAACUUCCCCUACCUGUUACUCCUAAGGAUACAGAUGAAAGAGACUUUAAAAAACAAUUUGCUGAGAUGGGUGACACAGAUCUACGCAAACUGCCCCCUGGUUCUGAUGGACAGAGCAAAAUGGAUGUUGAUUACCGAGUACUACCUGCUGCUUUCCAGGGUAAUGUUAAAGAGAACAUUGAAGGUAUCAUAGACACAGACGAAAGACAGAGGGUGAAGGCUGGAGACAGCGAUGUGAGGAAAAUCCCUGAUGACUCUGCAAAAGACAAACCGUCAGAAGAGUCGAGCAAGCCAAAGGAGGAAGGAGAAAAGCAGACAGCUCAAGACAGCGCUUCUUCAGGAAAGAUUAAAAAAGAAACUAAGUCUGUAAACAAAAUGCCAACUAGAUCAUCAGCAAAAGCUGAAUGGGAGGCUGCUGCCGUAGGGGGAAAUCUGGACGAAGAUGUAGAUAUGAGGCCUAAGUCUGAUAUCAAGAAAGUAAAAAAAAAUGAUGGUAAUGAUGAGAUAUCCAAACCAGUACAAACUUCUACACCAAGUGGAUCAGCAAAAGAUGAUAUCAAUGAUAAAGAUGACAGAAAAAAAAUGGAUGAAUCUAGCAAGGCUAUGAAAGAAACAAGCAGCAGUGACACUGAUGAGAGGAAAUUCCUUGCAAAGUCAGAAGUGACGGAGAUUAAUAAGGUCGAUGAUAAAGUUGACGAUAUGGACUUGCCCGCGGAUGAUGUAGAUUUGCGUCAACCAAUGCCCAGGCUGGAAGAAGAGAUAAGGCCUUUAAUGGACUUUGGACCUGAUCCGAAUAUCCUGUAUCAUGAGAGGGAAGAGAUGAUGGAUAAUGAUUAUAGGCAAGGGCCAUUUAUGGGCCCAGGUCAUCCCCAUUUCAGACGUGGCCCUGAUGGCGAUCCAAACAAGUGGCAAACAUGGAAAAAGGAGCAUCCAGACGAAGCCUCCGCUCCUCAUUUCGAUGAUGGCCCUGGAGGCUUUGAUCCUAACGACCCAAGGCAUCCUGCACAUUUUAGACAAAGAAUGGAUCCAAGGGGUCCGUUUGAAGGUGACAUGGCUCCUAUGGAUUCGCACCAGCAGAGAUUCAGAGAGUCUCCCCCUAUGGAGAUGGAUGACGGACAAUCGAUGGAAGCCUGGCGCCGCAGGACUAGAGGUGACAUUCCAGACAAACAUUUCCAUUUCAGAGAAGGGGAUUGUCCUCCUCCAUUGGAACGACAAGACUUCAGAAUGGAUGACAGACCUCCUAUGGAGGAAGGGGACUUCCCACCAGAUAGGGAUGCUAGAGAUCCAGGGAUAAUCAGAAAUGGACCAGUCCGCCUGUCAAGGGACCAAGAGAGUUUUGAGUUUCCUCCUGACAUCACUCCUGCAGAUACGCCUCAGUCUCCUGAUUCUGAGAAUCGUUUGCCACCUAUGUAUUGCUUUGGCCCUGAUACGAUACAGAAGCAAGAACAAAAACCAUCUCGUGAUGAUAGGGAUCCUCAUCCUCCAUUCCCUCAAGAGAGACUGCCAUUCCAGCGAGGAGAUGGCCCUGCAUUUAGAGGACCAAGACCUGAAGAAAUAAUGCCACGUGGUCCAGAGGGCUUCAACCCAAGAGACAGUCCACCCUUCAGAGGACCAAGACCAGAUGGUAGAGAUAGGCAUGCCCACAUGGGACCAGAUGGGCCAAGAUUUAUGUCUGGGCCAAGGGGACUGCCUGACAUGCCCAGAUUUCCUGGACCAGGUGGACCUCGGAAAAUGGGACCUGGAAUUCGUCCAGAUGGUCCAGUGCACGGGCCAAAUCAGUUUCAGCACAGACCCAAUAGUCCACCUGUAUCUUCUGAUAUGCAGAGGCCACCAAGGAAUGGACCUGCCAGUAAUCUUCCAGGCAAUAUUUUGUCAAACUUUGGCAAUCUGCAGCAGAUUGUGCAGAUUCUGAGAAAGCAGGUGACGAACCAACAGCAGCCAGAACAGAACCAGAACCCGAUUCCAGCUCACAAUCUCAUUCGCUCUGCCUUACAGACCAUGGGAGUGACAGGCAAUAUACCUAGCCAUGUUAUGCAAGCUGCUCAGAAUAAUCUGCUUGAGCAGAUGCGAUCGAUGCCAAACAUGAACAUGAAUAUGUUGAGGAUGAUGAGACCUCAAAGGCCAAAUAACCCUAACCAACGUAUGGAGAGACCACCUAUGCCACAAGGUCCUGGACCUAGGCAACAGCUGCGUGGACCCCCUCCCGGAAUGCAGCCUCGUCCCCCUUUUUCAUCUGGUGGGCUCCCACCAAACAGUAUGGCUUCAGAAAUGCAAAAAGGCUUUCCUCAAGGAAUGGGACCACCUCCAAACUCGAAUCAGUCAGGGCUUCCCAACCAAGGGAUGCCUCAACAAGGAAUUCCUCCACAGGGGAUGCCUCCACAAGGGAUGCCCCCACAAGGAAUGCCUCAACAGGGAAUUCCCCCACAGGGAAUUCCCCCACAGGGAAUGCCCCCACAGGGAAUGCCCCCACAUGGAAUGCCUCCACAGGGAAUGCCUCAACAGGGAAUGCCACGAGGAAUAAUGCCGCAAGGCAUGCUGCCACAAGGUAUGCCUCCACAAGGUAUGCCUCCACAAGGCAUGCCUCCACAGGGAAUGCCUCCACAAGGUAUGCAUCCUGGGAUGAUGCCAGGUACGCAAGGAGGACCAAGUGGCCCAGGAUUUUUACUGCAAGGAGUGCCAGGUCUUGGAAUGUCAAAACCACCCCGUCCUGCAGCUCCUGCAUCGGGGUUGCCCUCCCAGCUGGACAUUACCUCACUGUUCUCCAAGCUGGUUUCCUCAGGGAUCUUGAAGGAGCCUCUCAAACCAGCCUCCCCCCUUCCUGACCAGACCUCUGCCCCUGCAACUGCCCCUGCACAGAAGGCCAAGGAGGGGGGCGAGGCAGAGGGUGAGAAGGAAGAAGACGAUUCCCAGGAGGUGGAGGAUGAUGGUUCCUUUGACAUCCCGCCGAUGGCUCUCGUAAAUGAGGAGCUCAAAGUACGGCAUCCAGGAAUCAUCAAGCGUAUCUACAGCGGGAUGCAGUGCACUUCAUGCGGCAUGCGCUUUGUGAUUGCCCAGAUGGACCGAUACCGCAAGCAUCUGGACUGGCACUUCCGACAGAACCGCAAGAAGCAGGACGGCAUCAAGGCAACUACCUCAAGGAAGUGGUACUAUGAGGUGGACGAGUGGCUGGACUAUGAAGAGAUUAAUGACAUGGAAGAUGCCCGAAGUACCUUUUUUGAAGAGCAGGCUCAGGAGUUUGCAGAUAAAGAUCGAGGUGAUUCCAGUGUGCCAGUUACAAGCGACCCCAGUGAUGAGAUCUGUAAGAUAUGCAGAGAGAACUUUGAGCAGUUCUUCAACGAGGAGACAGAGGAGUGGCAUUUCCGUAACUCAAUCAGAGUGGAUGGAAAGACUUUUCAUCCAUCUUGCUACGAUGAUGCUAAAGAUACAUCCGGGUUCCUUGAGACACCCACUGACGACCUGCUGAGCCCCCCACUUGUACGGACCAGAAACUCCUUCAGCGGCACAGCAGUUAGUCCCGGUGCUAGCCCUGCUUCCUUAAAGCCUUCAUUCAUCGCUCCAGGAAAGGAGAGCUGGGAUGCUGUCAUGAGUACAGAUAGCAAACCAGCAUCUACUGUUGGUGUUACCAUCAAAACUGAACCAAAGACAGAAGCAAAUCCUGUUCCGGAAGGCAAUGCAAGUGAGGAUACGUCAAAGGCUUCCGACUUGGUGAAGGUGAAGGUGGAGCCAGAAGAGCCCAUGGAAUCCAAACCGUCAACUGAGGAAGCGAGUAGCAGCAUUGGGACUGAAAUCAAGAUCGAACCAUCUUUAAACACUAUAAAAUCAGAGCCAGUUGUUGGGGAAGUCCAGACUACGUUACUGGUAAAGCAAGAAUCAGGAGUAGACAGUGCAGUUUCCAAAACACUAGUAGAGAAAGAACAAUUUAGGCAAGAGGAAAUGAAGUCAUCGUUAGAUGUUCUCAGGGCAAAGUCUUCACCUGUGCCAUUCUUGGAGGAAGUUUCUCUAGAGGAUAUGGAGACAGAUGCUCCUGCACUUGAUACCAUGCCAGCCGAAACAGUUGAUUCACCAUCAGCUCAGAUACCUGGAGAGGUUGCAUCAACUAAAGAAUUCACUGAAGAUGCAAAGACAAUUCCUUCUGUACUUUCUGAGAAUCCUUUACCAACUGAUGUUGAAGAGCAAGCUGCUACUGAAACGGGAGCAACCACAGUGGCUCCUUCUGGAUCUGGAGAUGCAGCCAUUGCAUUGGAUCCACCUGUUGAAUCCCCAGCAGAUAAUGGACAUAUCUCUAAAAAUUUACCCCUCAGUGAAGCCGUGGCGACACUCGGAGAAUCAGAAGACUCCGCAGAGCCCCCUGUACUGGAGGUGGAAGCCCCAUUGUCAAGCGCCAGUCAGGACCAGACAGGAAACGCUGCUCGGUUCUCUUCCCCAGGCAUCUUUGAAAAGUUGACUCCUCCUCCCGCACUCACCAGCAUGGAGAGUGAAGAAUCAAAACCAAAUGUGGUUGAAGAACCCCCUGCAGAGAGUUGUACAGGAGGUGGGGAUGCGAAUCAAAAUGCCAUGGAAACUCAGGAAAGUAGUACGUGAGAGCGAGUAUAAGAAGAACAAUGAAAGCUGUUCCAACUCGAAAGGUGUGAACCCUGUGAAGGGGAGCGAUCACAAUUUGCCUCAGGACCAUGUUUUAGGGGAAUCCCCCAAAAUGGCCCUUCAAAGGAUUCCCCCAAAUGUUUUGUUCAUAUUGAAGAUUAGAACAUUGCAAAUAAUCUGGUCUAUUUCAAAAUCUGUUUCCCAUAGUGACCUUGAUUUUGGGAUGUAAAUAAACACUGGAAAAUGGGCUUGUUUAAGGCUCAGCUCAAUCCCAUGCCCACUUUGCAUAUGAUAACUUGUACAAUUUUUGCUCAAUUUGAGUCUUAAAUUUCCAAAGCAGUUUGCAAAUUUUUGAUAGAAUCUUACUCCAGAAUUCCCAGAUUCAUUGUCAUCAACUUUUUUAAUAUC